AUGCAGCAGCCCUCACCUUCCCACCAGCAUCUCCAGCUUGUUGCCUUCCUCUGCUGGAUUCCCGUGCUGCCCGUCAGCACAGAGUCCGCUCCGCUCGCUCCCGAGUGCUCCCCGGAGGGCCACCGCGUCCUCCGCGACCCCCACCGCAGCACCGGGCUUGACUCGCCGGACCUGCAGCGAACGGCGAUCCAGGACCUGGUCCGCGAUCCCUCCCUGCCCCACGCCUGGUACCGCUUCCCGAUCCACAACAGGCCUGCAGAAAUGCCGACAAAAUGCGUAGAACUCAACAGAUGCGGGACACAAGCUCCGGUGUGGCUCUCGCUGGACUCGCAAUCCCUCCCCGUUCCCGGAGAGGGGAAGCAGCUCACGGCCUGCACCACGCGGCGGCUCUUCUUCGGCAGCGCCAAGGACUGCUGCUCGUUCCGCGUACCCGUCGCCGUCCAAAACUGCGGCGCCUUCUUCGUUUACCUCUUACGGCCGACUCGAGGAUGCAUGGGCUACUGCGCCGAAGAAAAACUCAUGAGCCUGGCUUUACAACCAGUGGUAACUCCUGAGCUUGUGCAAAAUCAUGCCUACCUUAGAUGCAGCUACAACCAUCCUUCCCCCAACCCACCGCUGCACUACAAGGUGCUCUGGUCGCGCCUUUCCACCGCUGGCACAAAAGAAGAGAUCCAUCGUGACACCACUCAGCAGUCGUCCUCCUACAUAGAGAUGAGCAGUGUUAACCUCAGACUGGGAGACACAGUCUUUUGCACUGUCACUGCCUUUAUGAAGGACACUCCUGAUCAGCAGUCAUUACCCGAAGAGAGCAGCGGAUUCUACGCGGGGAUUAAGUUUUUACCAGAAUCAUUGCAAAUUGCAGAGGAUGGAAAAGAGCACAUUUUGACCAUUCUGAGUACUGUACCUAUUACCUGUUUGGGGCAUGAUGACUCCUGCAAAAUUACUUUACAGCUUAGUACUGAGGAUUUGGAUAGCCAGUUCCUGGGGCCCCCGAACAUAGCCCUCUCGGCAUGCCAGGUGGAUCUGCUGCAGAUGCCCUGCACGGAAAGCAGCUGCGCAGCGGCCGCGCUGAUGGUGACGGCGGUGACAGACUUCGCGCAGGACGGGAACCGCUUCACUCGCAUCAGAGCGAAGGCAGCCACACGGAGCGAACCGCUCUGGAGGGCUUACACACCGACGGAUGCAAAGGUCACAGUUCAGGACCUCCCAACAGGGAACUGCUACUCUUUCACUGAUCCACACAUUAUCACAUUUGAUGGAUGGCGUUACGGUAAUUACCAGAUCGGCACCUUCGUGCUGCGCCGGAGCCUGCCGCGGGCGUUCGAAGCGCCCGCGCGGCAGCGGGGCUGCGGGAGCCAGCGCUCCGCCACCGCCUGCGGCCGCGGCGCGGCGGCACGGGAGGGCGACGCCGCCGUCGUGCUGGGUAUGUGCGAGGGUCGGCUUCCGGAGACCGGGCCGCGGCUUGCCGUCAAAAGCACCGGCGCAUCGCCGCCCGUCAGAAUCCCGGCGUCCUGCGGAGGGAGGAAAAUAACCAUCAUGUUCCCUUCGGGAGCGUUCGCUCGCGCCGACGUAAGCGAGUGGGGAACGAGCCUGACGGUGAGGACGUCGGGCGGCGACUUCAACAGCACCCGGGGUGUGCGCGGCACCUUCGACGGGGACGGCCGCACCGGCGCGCGCCCGCAGCGGAGCGCUGCGCCCGGGCAGGACUUCGUCGAGCAGUGGGGAAUACCUCCAGGGAAGAGUUUAUUCGACAAGACUCCAGCACCUUCUGCAAGGAAGCACAGGAAAAAGUACUGCAGAUGUCAGAAGGCGAACACUAAGUCUUUGCACUCUGUAAACACACUUUCAGAAUUCUUCCCUCAGUCUUUUGGUUGCCAUUAUGAAAAUGUGGAUUAUACUUCUGCAAUCCCCUAUCUAGAUGUUACACCAGAAUUUGUCUCUCAUCCAGAAAGAGAAUCUACUUCAAGAAAUAGGAAACGGUUGGCCAAGCCCUUUCAUCAGAGGUAUCUGCCGAAAUCAGUCAAAAAGCGACAUAGCCCCGAGAACCGAUUAAAGCCACUCACAAGGAUUUCCAUGAAAAGCCAGGAAUAUAACGGUGUCAUUAACUUUACUAAACCAGCAGAAGAAUUAGAGAGAGCAAAAAGGCAAGCAGACUAUUACGAAUACUCAUCGUUUCAUCCGUUGCAAAGCCCAAGUCAAAGAGACUCGGAGAGCUUUGCGUAUUUUUUCCCAGAGGACUACUUUGAAGGGAUUCGGACAAAACUUCCACCGGCGUGGCCUAGUCCUGAUGGCCUAACUUCCGCCAAAGCUCUGGAGAUUUGCCACCAGAUUCUUGCCAAUUCCACCAUUGGCUUAGCACGUAAAGCUGUCCUUGGCAAGCAAAUGGAUGAGGCGAUUGACAUGUGUCUUUCAGAUUUGCAGCUCAAGAAUGAUGUGGCCUGGGUGACUGCACUGAUAGCGCUCUUAGAAAAUGAAUGUGAAAGAAGAGUGCUAGGAAACAGAUGUAAACUGUUUCAUGUAGGAAACCAGCCACCUGCUAGCCAGGAAGAAAUCCUCACCGUUCCGUGUCCUGCUUUCUGUGAUGGCAAUGGACAAUGUACAGAAUCGGGCUGCCAGUGCUUUGAAGACUACAGCUCUUACGACUGUAGCACUGCCAAAAAGCCCACUUUGGAAAUCGCUGGCUUAGAGAACGGGGGCCUCUGCGACGUACGAGCCUCUGACUGCCGCAGCAUCCGGGCGUUUGGCCUCGGCUUCAAAGAUUCUCACAACCUGCACUGCAAGGUCACCAGAUUAAUUCAUCUCAACGGUGAAUGGAUAUCGAGAGAGCAAGAAACCACAAAAGCGGAUUUUCUCAGCUCUAAGGCUGUAGACUGCCAGAUUCCUCUUCUGAACAUUACAGAGACAGAGGCUGGGCACUUCGUGGCUGGCGACGAGCCGUUCGCAAGAUGGCAAGUGAAAAUCACUAAUGAUGGCUUCCAGUACAGCAGUUCCAAAGUUCUGACCCUGUACGAUGCAGUCUGCCAGGCCUGUGAAUCCCAUCCAACUGGACUUUGUAAAUUAAAGGAAAACACUUGUAACAUAGAUGGACUUUGCUACGGUGAAGGAGAGUCAAGCCCUACCAGUCCAUGUCUUCUCUGUGAACCUGACAUUUCUAAGUUUGCCUGGUCUAUUAAUGAAAACAACCUGCCUCCUGUGUUCCAAGCCCCCUCCAGCCAGCUGCUGACGUUUAUUGGUGAGAAUUUUGUUUACCAGCUAAUAGCAGUGGAUCCAGAAGGGUCAGCUGUACUAUUCAUCUUAGACACUGGGCCACAGGAUGCCAGGCUCUCUCCAGCUGGCCUUCUCAUCUGGAAAGUUGAUUCAGAAGAAAUGCAGACCUUUGAAUUCACUGUGGCGGAUGAAUGCAAUGCACAGAGCAGAUACUCUAUUGAGGUCCUAGUGAAGCCUUGCAGCUGCAUCAAUGGUGGAACAUGUGUUACCAAUAUCAAAUUCCCUCCAGGCCUUGGUGAAUAUCUGUGUUUAUGUCCAAAUGGAUUUGAUGGAGAAUUCUGCCAGGAAGAUAUUAAUGACUGCAAAUCAAAUCCAUGUGGAAGUGGAAUAUGUGUGGACAGUGUGGACAGCUACAUCUGUAAAUGUCCCCUUGGACUGGAAGGGCUUACUUGUCAGGAAGACAUGAAUGAAUGUGAAGAGAAUCUUUGUUUUCCUGGAGUGUCUUGUCUGAACACCUUUGGAUCAUUUAUAUGUGGAAUUUGCCCCCCUGGGAUGGAGGGAAAUGGUAAAACUUGCACAUCUGUGCUUGCUGCUGACACUACAGAAGAUUCCAUCACUGACGGUAAGAACAGCAAAGGUGAGCUGAACACAACUGAGGUUGAACGACCAGCGCAACCCAUAGAGGCCAAGUAUUCUCCUGCAAUUAAGGACAUUAAAAGUGAUACACAUGGCCACACAGCACCUCUGUCAUAUACUACCACCUGUGCCAACAGGCCGUGUUUCCCUGGAGUCCUGUGCUUUGAUCGGAAACCACCUUACACUGGAUACCUUUGUGGCCGAUGUCCAGCAGGCUUUUUGGGAAAUGGCAGAGUCUGUACCAAAGUCCCCAGACCAGUUUCAAGAUCUUCCCAAAGCUAUACGGAUAUUGCUGAAAGAAACAGUGAUGAUGCGACAGACUCUCAUCAGGAAGAUGUUUUACAAAAAACAAGGAAUAUUUAUUCCUUUCUUUCCCAAACCCAAAUUCCAAGACAAGAAACUAUAUAUUUUCUGGGAAGAAACCCCACGGUCAUUAGCACCCCAUCUCUUACAAUGAAAAGGAAGUUUUCACAGACUCAGACAUCAUCAGCAAAAAGAAGUGAUAUGGAAUCUGUAUUACCUGAGAAACAGUCUUUUCUUGAAAAAAUAAAAAUUAGUAGUGAUACACACACCUUCCUUCUGCACAAGGAACCAGAACCCGAAGAAGCAGCUGUCAGUAUGACCACCCAUAUCCCUAUUCAUUUUAAACAAAAUAAACCAGUUAUAAUACAGACUCUCUCUUCUCAUCUCAAGACAAACGCAAGUUCUUUCUUUACAAGGCCACGUGCUGUUCAGCAAAUUCAUUCCAAAUAUGGUUAUUCUCCUAGGAAGUGGCUCAGCAGGGUCACAGUCUCAGAGACUGAACUACCUCAAGAUUUUGGAACAGAGCAGCAAAGAACAUCUCCUCUGGCACCAUGCCCGACUUCCUCGUUUCGCUUAAAAGGUUCUUCUUUUGACACAGCUCCACCGAGUGCUAACCUCCCGUUUGGGCCUGUUUUCCAAGCAAGGCUUCCAGCACAGACCAUAGCAACCAGAAAAGCACAAAACAUAGCAAGAGAUCAUCUGGGACUACCAAAAACCAUCAGUGAGACACAGCAUCAGAAAGUCGUUUGCGCGAAUACGCUGUGCUUCGCUGGCGUGCAGUGUGAGCCAGCCAAAGAUGGAGGAUUUAAGUGUGGGUCUUGUCCUACUGGAUACAGUGGUAAUGGAACUACAUGUGAAGUGCUGUGUGAUCCACCAUGUGAGCAUGGAGGAACCUGUGUAUCUCAAAAUACUUGUUCUUGCGCUUAUGGAUUUGUUGGUCCUCGAUAUGAAACAAUGGUUUGUAACAGGCACUGCCACAAUGGUGGGAUCUGUGUGUCAUCGGAUGAGUGCAAAUGCAAAAACGGAUGGAGCAGCCCCUCCUGCGAAACAGGUAUAUUUAUCUUGUAUUUACAUACCGCUGUGUGCAAUCCUGUGUGCUAAUGUGUACGGCCAAAUACGUGCAUGUGUCCUUACGGUUUUUAUGGACCACAGUGCCAGAGAGCUGUUUGCAUUCCGCCUUGUAAGAAUGGUGGUCACUGUGUUCGAACCAAUGUGUGCUCCUGCACUGAGGUAACGGGCAGAAGGUGCCAGAAAAGUGUCUGUGAUCCCACGUGCAUGAAUGGAGGGAAAUGCGUAAGCCCAAGUAUCUGCGACUGUCCAUCCAGUUGGAAGGGAAAGCACUGUAAUGAACCUGUCUGCCUGCAGAAAUGUCUGAAUGGUGGAGAAUACAUAGGUCAAAACCUCUGCGAGUGCUCGGAAGGAUGGAUGGGAAUGCUGUGCCAGACUCCACUUUGUGAGCAAAAAUGUCUCUUUGGAAGCAGAUGCUUAAGACCAAAUGUCUGUGCUUGCAGACAUGGCUAUACUGGUUCAGCAUGUGGAGAAAAGGUAAGGUAUGGUGCAAAAACUGGAUUCUUAUAG